CGUCCCAGGGGCUGGAGUGCGGUACCUGAGCUAGACGCGCACCAGAAAGCCCACGUUGGCCGCUGCCGGCAGCACCGCGCUGGAAGGCGGGAGCCGGUGAAAUCCCGCGCCGACUGCGCUGUCCUGAGCACGGGUUCGGUUGCCUCUCGUCCCUUCUGCGAGGGGGGUUUGCAGGGCAGCCCGGCGAACACCGAACGGAAAGCAAGAGCCUCACCGCCUCCGCCUGGGGAGUCGAGCGGCGCGUGGAGAUUUUGAGCGAGAGCGGCAGUGCCCGAGGGCGGAGGGGCGCAGAGUUUGUGCGCGACUGGGAAGUUUCAGCCUCGCGGAGAAGGCUGGCAUCUUGGGACGCCUUGUCGCCACGGCCCGGGCCCUACGGCGGGGUAAACUUCACCGCGGCCGCGCGAGUCGGGGCGAGGCGUGCGCGAGGAUGAUGACGGGUAUACCCCGCAGCUGGUGAGCGGCCCCGCUCCCCAGCCGUCCCGGGUCUCGCUCAGCCUCCCGGGAGGGCGCGAGGCAGCGCACGUGCGCGGGCAGCCAGACCCGAGAGAGACCGUGCCGUGACCCGCCCAGGGGCGGGGGCGCUGGCGGCAGCGCGGCCCCCACUCGGACGCACCUGGUCUGGACGGUCAGCCUCCGGAGAUCUGCGCGGGAGUGCGGGGCUCCCCCUUCCUCUCCAGUGGUUCUCCCGGGGAUCGCCCCCUUCGCCUCCCCUCCAGUCUGGGCAUCUGGGGGCGCCCCAGACGACCAUGAGAGAUAAGGACUGAGGGCCAGGAAGGGGAAGCGAGCCCGCCGGGAGCUGGCGGGGGCUGUUCACGCCAAGGGCCACAGCGGCCGCGCUCCAGCCUCGCUCAGCCGCUGCACGCCUCGCGGGGCCCGCGGGGCCAGCCCGGCCGGGCGGGGAUGCCGGGCCUGGGGCGGAGGGCGCAGUGGCUGUGCUGGUGGUGGGGGCUGCUGUGCAGCUGCUGCGGGCCACCGUCGCUGCGGCCGCCCCUGCCCGCCGCCGCCGCCGCCGCCGCCGCCGCCGGGGGGGCGCUGCUGGGGGACGGCGGGAGCCCGGGCCACGCGGAGCAGCCGCCCCCGCCGCAGACCUCUUCCUCCGGUUUCCUCUACCGGCGGCUCAAGACGCACGAGAAACGGGAGAUGCAGAAGGAGAUCCUCUCCGUGCUGGGGCUCCCGCACCGGCCCCGGCCCCUGCAUGGCCUCCAGCAGCCGCAGCCCCCUGCGCUCCCGCAGCAGCAGCAGCAGCCUCACGGCGAGCCCCCGCCCGGGCGGCUGAAGUCUGCGCCCCUCUUCAUGCUGGACCUGUACAACGCCCUGUCCGCCGACGACGAAGAGGACCUGGCUUCGGACAAGGAGAUGGGGCAGCCCGGGCUGCACGGAGGGACUGGCUCGUCCCCGCCUCGGCAGCCGCCCCCUCGCGCCGCGCAUCCCCUCGGCAGCAGGAGCCUCCUGGCCGCCGGACCUGGUGGCAGCGCUUCCCCACUGACCAGCGCGCAGGAGAGCGCCUUCCUCAACGACGCCGACAUGGUCAUGAGCUUUGUGAACCUGGUGGAGUACGACAAGGAGCUCUCCCCUCGCCAGCGACACCACAAAGAGUUCAAGUUCAACCUGUCCCAGGUUCCUGAGGGCGAGGCGGUGACGGCUGCAGAAUUCCGAAUCUACAAGGACUGUGUUGUGGGCAGUUUUAAAAACCAAACUUUUCUUAUCAGCAUUUAUCAAGUCUUACAGCAGCGUCAACACAGAGAUUCUGACCUGUUUCUGUUGGACACCCGCGUCGUGUGGGCCUCGGAGGAGGGCUGGCUGGAAUUUGACAUCACGGCCACCAGCAACCUGUGGGUCCUGACCCCACAGCACAACCUGGGGCUGCAGCUGGGCGUGGUGACGCAGGACGGGCUCAGCAUCAGCCCCCGAGCCGCGGGCCUGGUGGGCCGGGACGGCCCCUACGACAAGCAGCCCUUCAUGGUGGCCUUCUUCAAGGUGAGCGAGGUCCACGUGCGUACCGCCAGGUCGGCCACCGGGCGGCGGCGACAGCAGAGCCGCAACCGCUCCACGCAGGCCCAGGACGUGUCGCGGCCCUCCAGCGCCUCAGAUUAUAACAGCAGUGAGCUGAAGACGGCCUGCAGGAAGCACGAGCUCUACGUCAGCUUCCAGGACCUGGGCUGGCAGGACUGGAUCAUCGCACCCAAGGGCUACGCGGCCAAUUACUGUGACGGGGAGUGCUCCUUCCCUCUCAACGCGCACAUGAACGCCACCAACCACGCCAUCGUGCAGACCUUGGUUCACCUGAUGAAUCCCGAGUACGUCCCCAAGCCGUGCUGCGCGCCGACGAAGCUCAACGCCAUCUCGGUUCUUUACUUUGACGACAACUCCAACGUCAUCCUGAAAAAGUACAGGAAUAUGGUCGUAAGAGCUUGUGGAUGCCACUAACUCGGAACAGGCUGCUGGGGACACGCCCUGCUCUGGUUUCCCGGAUGACACCUGCCUUAAAGCCCGCAUGGAAGCGCAGCAGCAGCGGGAGGAGAGCCGGCACCACCCCGAGCCGGCUGGGGCCCCGCCGCCCAGGAGGAUCUGAAGGACCCUGUUUGUGUAACUUACACAGUCAAUGUCACGGGUGCCACCGCCGCUCUGUAGGAACCCGAGGGAGUGUGAAUGCCAGUGGCAUGACGUCUGGUGACCUCAGCAAGAUAACUUGGAAGGGUUCCCCUCUGCCCCCCCCCCCCGCCCCCGUCAAAAAAGGAACAACCCACCAAAUCGGUUUUGCUUUUGAUCCCCCAUCUGUGGUAUUAGUGAGUAAACAGGGACAAUCAUCCUAAAAAAGUAAAAGUCUCCUUGGCUCAAGUAUCCGUGGAUUCAGUAGUUUCUCAAAGGUAGACUUUACAGGUAACGGGGAUCAGGGGAAAACGCCCUCCAUCCGGAGCUCGUUCCCAGGAAGGCUGGUCUCGUGUGGGACCCACAGCCCGGGUGCCAGCCGGGCGGCCUGCAAGUGCCUUCGUCUGUCGUGCUGUUCGGUGUCUGUGCUGCCGUUUGUCGGUGUGAAAACAUACUGGUUUCAGUCGAGCCCCAUCAUUUCCAUCCCUCCCCGACCCCCGCCGCUGCUGUGUUGCUAGGACCAAAACCAGAGAGGAGAGGGGCCGCGCUUUGAGGCCAGGCUCUGGGGACCAGAAGCCCUUUUAAAAGCCAUCAUUUUAACUGAGUGACACGCCUGCACCUCUUCCCUCUGGGGGAAGCUCCUUGAAAAGCACAGUGACUUCAGGGAUGUCCGCUCUCGUCUGUGUCCAUAAGCUGGUUCUUUGCCUUUGACUCGACAGGGUCCCAGGUCUCGGGGUGAGACCAGCCGAGGCGAUGAGCUCAGGAAGGGCUCCCAGCCUCCGGGAAGGGCUUAGCACUGUUUUCUCCUGGAGAAAGCAAGACCCCGCCCGACACAGUCUUAGAAUGUUUUUCAAGUGUCUGUUUCACGCCCAUGUACUAAGAAACCGACUUCGUACUAAACUGAUUAAAUAAUACAUGUAUGAUCUAUAACUGCACUCACAGCUUUUUUGUAAAUAGAAACUAUAAUAAUUUA